GAUCAUGUUCGAACUCGCGGCGUCCGGCCAGCGAGGGCUUCGUGCUCGUCGACGCCGUCGGCACGUUGGGCAGGCUUCGGCAGCUCGCUGCGAUUUGCCUUCGCUGAAAUUCUCGACGUCAGGCGCUGGCGGAGUGGUCGACUCGUCGCUGUUCUCGGAUGUGGAUUACGAAGGACAUCGGGAAACAAAAGAUGGCGUUUCUGCUGUCCACGCUCUUCUCAUUCUUAAUCGUAGCAACAAGAUCAGCAGCACAAGUAACUCCUCCGUUAAUUGUUUUCGGGGAUUCUACCGUCGAUACUGGAAACAACAAUUACAUCAACACAACUGAGGAUUUCCUGGCCAAUUUCCCUCCGUUCGGCAAGGACUACUUCGACAAGCCAACUGGUCGCUUCAGCAAUGGGCGAGUUUAUGUGGACUUCAUAUGUGAGUAUGCUGGGCGUCCUCAUGUGAGCCCUUAUCUGGAGCCCGGUGCGGAUCACUCCAAAGGAGUCAACUUCGCCUCGGGCGGAUCCGGUGUCCUUGACGAAACGAAUCAAGGAAUGGCUAUGUCUCUUAAAGCGCAGCUGCAAAAUUUUGUAAACUUUGAGGAUGGACUGAUUGAGAAAUGGGGUACCGAUCUUGCAAAGAAGUACUUCUCGGACGCCAUUUAUCUCGUCAGUCUUGCAAACAAUGAUUACAUGGGAGGUUAUUUUGCUAAGCAGGAGUUGCAACAGAAGUAUACUCCCCAAGAGUUUCUUGCGUUAGUUGUCUCAGAUGUUGUGAAGGCUUGCGAGUUUCUCCGAUCUAAGGGUGCUCGGAAGAUGGUCGUCGCUGGCGUUGGACCCCUGGGUUGUAUUCCUGCAGUGAGGGCGUUACAUCCAGCUCAGGAAUGUUUUGAACAAGGCACUCAGAUGGCAGUCGCUCAUAAUAUGGCACUCGCAAUGGCUUUGAAAGACUGGGCAUCUCAUCAUCAAGAAAUGACUGUUCUUAUAGCAGAUUUCUUAACCUACAUGACAGAACGCCAGGAUAACCCGACCGCAUUUGGGCUAUCGAACGGCGCAGGAGCAUGCUGCGGUAAUACUGCACCGUGUGGAAGGAAGGACCCUACAACAGGAGCAGACUACAGUUUGUGCUCAAAUGCUCAUGAAUAUGUGUACUGGGAUGCUUUCCAUUCGACGGAAAUUAUAGCUCAAGGUUGGUCCAAAGAAAUCUGGGAUGGUCCCAAUGCCAGCAGAUUUAUUUCCCCCAUGAACCUUCGUACACUGUUUGAGCUUUCCUCAGCUCAUGAUGACGAGGAAGUGGCUGAGUUAGAAACUUAUGCAGGUGGUUCUACGAAGACCAUAGAGAAAAUUGAUCCUACGGUUUUAUGAGCUGAGAAAGUACUAUUGUCCCACAGUUUUUCUGACUUUUCCAGGACACAUUGCGUGAUACCCUGAUCCUGCCUGAGCCUAACAUUCAAAACUUGCUCGUACCUUCCAGAUCUUGUCAAACAAGACAAGGUGAUAGGCCUUGACAUGUGAUCAUAUUUUUUUAGAAGGACUCACUAGUACGGGUUAUAUAGAGGAUUACCGGUUCGGAAGUAGCUCACAUUAUCUGAGAAAGUAUGCGCAAAGUAUUUGAGAUCAGCGAUCAUCCUUUCAUGCAGGUAGAGGAUGGUACUCUUGAAACCUGUUAAGUAGUUUUGUGCCGAGCUUUAUAUACUAUCGGCAAGAGUGGAACCACUCGAUCAACGAGAGAUUGAUCACAAGUCCUUUCUCUGAGAACGCUACCGCGUUAAAUUAAUGCAUACAAUAUUAUUUGGUAAUC